UUUGCUAUUAUCACAAAUUUGAAGGAUAUAUUUGCUAUUAUCAAGAAUUUAUAGAUAUUAAUUUUUUUCUAUCUUUAUGUCAUUUUUCACACUGCUAACUUUUUCAAAAACCCUAACUUUAUGCCAUUGUAAAGUAGUAAUAGCCAACUUCGUAGGGCCAUUCUAUUUAUGUGCAUAAGAACACGACUACUCAACAACAACAGUCAAAAGGAAAAUAAAUAAAUAAUACGACACAGAUCUAACGAGGCCAGGAAUCUUCAGAUUUCACUAAAAAUUGUGGAAUCUACCAGACGGGAGAAUGCGAGUGAAACGGGCUGUAUUUAUUUAUCCCCGCCCGCCUUCAUCUCCGACCAGAAUGCGGUCCCGAGCUUGAUCGAAUUUCCUCGAGAGCUAUUUUUUGUUGUUGUUGUGGUUUUAAAUCCUCGAUUAUUGUUUUGUCUUGCAGUGAGUGGUGUGCUCUCAUGCAGAAUCUCCCUUUCCAUGGUGUUGGAUUCCUUGGCCAGAUACGAACGAGAAUCGCGACGGUAGACUUUGGAUGAACACAGACGACGCACGCAUACUUACUUCCGUGGUGCUCGGUGUUGUCGCCAUUGUUGCCAGCGCCGUGCUCCUGCAUUCGCGGCCGACAGACUGCACAAUAGUGCUUCUAAAAUCGGUCAACUAUCGCGCUGGAUUGCGUCUUCGUUAGCCCCAAGAACAGAGUGCUUUAAUUUGUUUCUCCAACAGGGCCAUUGGAAAAGGGAUCGGUCAGAUUGUCUAAGGGUUCUCGGCUGACUCGCUCUCAGUUCAUGUGUUGCGUUUCCCUGCAGCAUUGAUUGUUGGCAGGAACUCGCCCUGACAGCGAAGGUUAAAUGUGAGGAGAGGCGUGAAUUUGUUAUUAUCUGUAGCUAUUUGCAGACGCUGCAAAGAGGGAGAAAGAUUUAGUGUGGAGUUAAGUUUGUAGAACCCCUUACGCCCCUUACCGUAGUACGCGCUCCUUGCUUCCAGGAGUCGUGUGCUGGUAGGGUGGAUAGCUGGAAAAUCUUCAGGUUGAAGAGUCGCCUAGAUUCUAUAGCACAAGGGCUUGUGAUUGCGCGAUCACAGUAUAAUGGUCGUGUGACUUGUGUGAAGCUUUCGUUAAUUUCUUGAACUUUCAAGUUGUGAGGAGGCGUGUAAGUUCGUGGUGGCACUUGCGGAGAGGAAGGGUUUAAGGUGCUCGAGGUUGUUUCCGUCGUGGCCCCCUCUUCCUCAGGUGGCCUGGCAAACUGUUUCUUGGGAGGAUGCUUACAUUACCUCGAGGCGACUUUGGCAUAUGCCAUUAGUUCUUGCUUGCUUAGUCUUGGUCAAGCUUGAUUGUAGCUUUCCAAUUCCCUUACGUGUCGAGAAGUAUUAGAAAGUAUUUUCAUUACGUUUUGCCUCUUCGUUCCCUGUGAUGCCGACUUCUUGACUGCAACUCGUUGUGCAUGCCUGCGAAAAGAAUUGAUGCAUUAUUGGCCGCAGCCUGUGCUUAUGUGCAUCCAAUCGCCUACAACUGAUCGGAAUGAUCAUUUGACCUCCUUGUCUCUGUUCUCUACUAGAGCGCUAUCUAGCUUUGUAAGGUUUUCCAUUGGGUAUUGUUGUCACCUAGUCUGAGUUGAUGCCAGAGGUGCAUUGCUGCGCGAGAAACUGGACAGGCUUGCCGAUGUUCUCUUAUAGUUCUUUAUGCUGCGAUGCGCCUUCACCAACAAUUAUGAUGAUCUCAAAUUUUCGAUUGGCGACUGCAGUGAAGAGCACAUCCCAGUAACUGUUUCACAAUCGACUCCGGGAUACAGCACUGUGAGAAAUAAUUUCGUUCAGUAAGGUAUCUCCUUUUUUAAUCAUGGCUGCAUCGAAGAAGCUCAUCAAGUUCUUUCACAGGGUCCUCCACAUCUCGCCUCAGAGCUACAAACCGCCUCUCUCCCGACACUUAAGCGCAGCCUCAAACUCUUUCGAGUCUUCUUCACUCAAUAUCAACUCGGGGCGCUCAUGGGGAAGCGUGUCUGAUGCACACUGUUACGAUAGUGACGAAGAACACUCCAGUCCUCCAGCUGAUGUUCCGGUUGGUUGCCUGGCGGUCUACGUUGGGAAGGAGCGGAGGAGGUUUGUCAUCCCCACUUCAUGUCUCUCGAACAACGCCUUUCGGGCACUGCUAGCGAAGUCUGAAGAGGAAUUUGGAUUCUGUUGCGAUGGAGGUUUGCGUAUAGCUUGUACUCCUGAUGUCUUUGAGCAUUUGCUUUGGUGGUUGGAAGGUGUUACCCACGAAUUUGUGGAAGAAGCCGAGAUCCCGGGACAGGAUCGCUCCAGAUAGAUGUAGUUUGAUCCCAGUAGAUUUGGUUCGGAAGCUUUUCACUUGCAGCAUGCUACGACGCAUUGCGCGCUGGUUUGCGUCUUUUGAGUAGACGAAGCAUCUUUGACCCCUUUGCAUGUCAUGGGGUCUCAAGGAUGUUUGCUCUCAGAGACUCGAUCUGGUAAAUGGAAGGAAGCUCUCUCAUGGCGCUUGGAUGAGCCGACAUCAGACACAGUAGGAAUUCAGGAUUUGUGUCACGAAAAUUGUAAAGGCUUAUAUCGGUUACGGGAUGCGCUGAUCGAGCAGCAAACGAUGCUGUCGCAAUGCGUUGGAAACUGCAGUUAUCGACAAUGCAGCGCUUGGCAUCUGAAAGAUAUUUUAAGUGCGCUCUUUGAUCGUGGCACCUGGCUGCACGUGCUUAAUCAUUCAGAUGAGUUCAUAAAUUUUGUUUCUGAGCGUGUUCCACGACGAGGGGUCAGCUAACCGGCAGGUUGAUUCCAGUUUCAACACAAUUUUGGUUUCUGAACACGGGUUAUUGACACUAAUGGGCUUCUUCACUGCGCGGUUAUACUGGAAGGAGUCUUCCUCUUUUUUAUCUUUUUCUUCUUUUUUUACUUUCUUUAUUUCUUAGAAUACUUUUUUUCUGAAAAGUCGUGACCGCAUAGUGGUUUAACUCCAUGUAGUACUAGUUAUAAGAGUGUUAAAAAUGUGGUGGACAUGGCGGGUUUAUAAUUCUGCUUCAUCAUAUUGAGAGAAAAUCGUGUAGGGAUAAUGACGAACAUAUGUAUAGGUGCAAUGAGGAUCUAGUCCUAUCUGUGCAGAGGAAAGCCUGUACAUUAGUAGAAGUUACAAUUUUUAGAGGUGCAUGAUGAAUAUGCUUAAUGAAGCGAUACGCUUUGAGCAUGUGUUGACAGACUUCAGUCUGUCAUGAAUGAGAAUGUAAUUUGGAGACUGCCAUGCAUUUCUAUUA